UCCACUUCCGUAAAGUUCAGUAGAUGCGGUAGAGUUACUGCAAGUUACUGUAGGCUGCCUGUCCACGUUUUUUUGUGGUUUUUAUUUGGACUAGUACUUUUUUUAAUUUUCAAUAAUGAGUGAACUCAAACCAGAGGAAGAAACAGCAGCUGACGACAGCGGGGAGGAAAAAGACUGGGAAGCAGCGAAAGCUUUUUUUGACAGUUUGAAAACAAAAGUACCUCGGCCGCCCAAACCCCGGAAUGCCGUAACCAUUGCCGUCUCCUCCCGCACCCUCUUCAACAUGGUGGCAGAGAGGAAGCUGUACCAGGACGAAGGAGUGGAGAAGUAUGUCGCUUUUCAGGUGGAACAUGAGAACGAGCCCUUGAAGCCGGGACCGGCCUUCCCCUUCGUUAAGGCUCUCAUGAACGUCAACACUCGACUGAGGCAGCUUUACCCCGACAGCGAGGAGCUGUUUGACAUCGUCUUGAUGACUAACAACCACGCUCAAGUUGGCGUGCGCCUCAUUAACAGCAUUAAUCACUACGGUUUGACCAUAGAGAGAUUCUGUAUGACUGGAGGGAAAAGUCCUAUAGGUUACCUAAAGGCCUACAUGACAAACCUGUACCUCUCAAAAGAUUCAGAGAAAGUUACAGAGGCCAUAGACGAAGGAAUUGCUGCAGCUACCAUGUUUAUGUCAGAAAAGGAGAGCGACCUGAGCGACUCUCAGCUGAGAGUGGCGUUCGAUGGCGACGCCGUCCUCUUCUCAGACGAGUCUGAAAUCAUUGUGAAGCAGCACGGCCUCGACAGUUUCUUUGAGCACGAGCAAAAGUUUGAGAACAAACCCUUGGCUCAGGGCCCUUUAAAAUGCUUCCUGGAGGCUCUCGGCAAACUUCAGAGAAAGUUUUAUGCCAAGAACGAGCGCAUAGAUUGCCCGAUCAGAACCUUCCUGGUCACGGCCCGCAGUGCAGCCAGCUCCGGCGCUCGCGUCCUGAAGACCCUCCGCAGCUGGGGCCUGGAGAUCGACGAGGCCCUCUUCCUGGCCGGGGCUCCCAAGGGGCCCCUGCUGCAGAAGAUCAGACCUCACAUCUUCUUCGACGACCAGAUGUUCCACAUCGAGGGGGCCAAGGAACUGGGAACCAUAUCCGCGCACGUCCCUUAUGGAAUCGGACAGAAGUACCACAAGGGGAAACUCAUUCAGCAACCCGAAAAGAAGGAGUAGAUAAGCACUACGUUGUAAUUUAUCUGCAGUGGAAGACAUUUGCUCCAAAUUAAUAAUAUAUUUUAAAACUACCCCUCUAAAGAAAAAGUUGGAUUUAGUUUAUUAUAUGUUUUUUUUUUUUAACCAGUAAGGUGAGAAUAGGAUUUUUGCCAUAAUGUAUUUACACCGUAUAGUUAAAUCAUGCACCACAACGUUUCUUAAAAGACCUUACCUUUCAGUCACGUCCGCUUUCUCUUUAGUCAGGAAUAAAAACUUUUUAAAAAUAAA